AUGGCGCUGAUCGCAGACGCUGACAUUGUGAGGGGCACGGUCAUUCUCGUCGCCAUCGUCGCGUUCCUGGCCGCCGUGUUCCUCUUCGCGUGCACGCGCCGGCGCGGGGCGUGCGCCGGCGCCGUCGUGCGGAGCACGUCGGCGUCGCAGAGCUACGCGGUAGUGUCGGACCGCCAGAUCCGGCACGCCACCGUCGAGCGGUUCCUCUGGGAGAUCCGGAACGAGCGGCCCUUCCGGUUCACGCCGCGGCAGGUCGCCCGCUUCACGCGCAACUACUCCACCCGGCUCGGCGCCGGCGGCUUCGCCACCGUGUUCCGGGGCGCGCUCCCCAACGGCCUCGCCGUGGCCGUCAAGGUAUUCCACGCCGGGCUCGGCGCGCGGGCCGAGCAGGAGCAGUUCAUGGCGGAGGUGGGCACCAUCGGCCGGACGCACCACAUCAACCUCGUCCGCCUCUUCGGCUUCUGCUUCGACGACGCCCUGCGCGCGCUGGUGUACGAGUACAUGGAGCACGGCGCGCUCGACGCGUACCUCCUCGGCGGCCGGGGCCAGGACGCCGGCGUCGCGGCGCUGUGCGGCAUCGCCGUCGGCAUCGCGAGGGGCAUCCGGUACCUCCACGAGGAGUGCCAGCAGAAGAUCGUGCACUACGACAUCAAGCCCGGGAACGUGCUCCUCGACGGCGAGCUCACGCCCAAGGUCGCCGACUUCGGGCUCGCCCGGCUGGUGAACCGCGCGGACACGCACGUGUCCGUGUCUUGCGUGCGCGGCACCCCGGGUUUCGCCGCGCCGGAGAUGUGGAUGAUGUCGGGCGUCACCGAGAAGUGCGACGUGUACAGCUUCGGCAUGCUGCUCCUCGAGAUCGUCGGCCGGCGGAGGAACUUCGACGACGCGGCGCCGGAGAGCCAGCAGUGGUUCCCCAAGCUGGCGUGGGCCAAGUACGAGGCCGGCGAGAUCAUGGAGCUCGUCGCCGCGCGGAGCGGCAGCAACGGUAGUCGUAGCGUGCCAGCGGUGGGCGACGAGCUGCAGCGUAAAGAAAUGGUGGAGAGGAUGUGCAAGGUGGCGUUCUGGUGCGUGCAGCAGCCGCCGGAGGCGAGGCCGCCGAUGCGCGCGGUGGUGAAGAUGCUGGAGGGGGAGAUGGAGAUCGCUCCUCCGGCGAACCCGUUCCUGCAUCUGAUGGCGGCGCCGAUGGUGACCGACCAGUGGACGAGGAUGACGAGAAGCGCCAACAGCGUUCCGGAGAUUAGCAUAGAGAUUGCCUAGCUUGAUUUGACCGUGGACUGUGAUUAAGCUUUGCAAUUGAUCAAAUGGCUAAAAUUCUCAAGAA